GGAUGUCUGCUUCUAUAGAAUCCCGGAUGGAGGGUCAGAGCGAACGGGAGGCAGACACGCAUACGGCUAUCACAACCAUCCACUCUACAGAGCAUCGGUCAUGCCGGACUGUAAUCAACAGUAAUACCAUUACGGAGCUGAGCGACGAGCCCCCCUCAGAGGGCACCUGGCGACAGUACUGCGAGCACCCUCUGACGGCUGCCACCACGGCCAUGCUCAACAUACACUCCUCCGAGGAGCAGCAGCCUCAAGUCACUCUCCUCUACGACUACUACAAACCAGAAGUAAUCGAACACUACGACUACUACCGGAGUCCUGGGUCUGGGGUCGGGAGCCCGGUGGUAGGCGGGGCGCUGGACUGCAAGGUGACAAACGGUGUAUCCGAGGGCGUGUCCGGGGCGGCGCCCGUAGAAGGACUUCUGUUUGUGGGCGGUACCGAAGUUGUCAAGCGGGAGCCGGAGGACCUGACUCGGCGAGCCGUUAGUCCCGCCGACCGCGGCGCACUGUGCGAUAAACGUCGAGCCGCCCUCCUGCCGCAGCCUCCUCCGCUACCCCCCAGUGACUCUCCACCCGCUCUGGCGACCGCCCCCGACAUCAAGGACGAACUGGAUCACCACGUCAUCAAGGAGGAGCUGGAACACCACGGGCUGAAAGUGGAGCCGGGGGACCGGCCUCGUGCUAACCAUACGCUUGUCAUUCAGGCGCCCCUCGACUCGGCCGAUAAAAUGAGUGCCGGUAGUUACUUGGGUGGGUUCUCGGCUCCCUCCCCGCAGUCGAGUUACGAACACGUCUCUCCCUAUCUGUCGCCCUCGUCACAGACUUACUCCAGCAGCACUUCCCCGGCGGUGCGAGGCUCCCCAGCAGUGUACACAGUGACAGAUCCUUACUAUCGGGAGUAUUAUCCGUCCAGUGAACCACAGUACACAGUGCGCCAGGAGUACUCCAGCGCUGACACAGGCUUUGUCGAGCGCUACAUUAGACCACCUUACAAAACCAAUGGCGUCUCCAGCACCCUCACCGUCGAUCUGCCCUCUCCUGCAGAUUCGGGAAUCUCAGCGGAUGCCGUCACGCCGCGGGAUCAGCCAGUCAUUACUCAGACCUUCGGUUACGAAGAGAUGGCCCAGCCCAACAGUAUUCUAGGAACAGACUUGAGAGCCCCGGCGGGCACGUCUCCAAAUUCCCAGAGGGCAUCCAGGCCUUGGCACGACUUCACAAGACACACCGAAGGAGAUAAGAUACAGAUUCCUAAGAUACACACCGAUGACGACAAAAUUCAUAUUCCUAAGAUAUUCAGCCAGUACGGCUUCAAGUACCACCUUGAGACCCCGAUCUCCACCUCUCAGCGAAGGGAGGACGACCGCAUCACCUACAUCAACAAGGGCCAGUUUUAUGGCAUCACAAUGGAGUACAUACCGGACCCCGAGAAGCCUUUGAAAUCCGGCACCGUCAAGAGUGUGGUGAUGCUCAUGUUUAGAGAAGAGAAGACUCCCGAAGACGAGAUCAAGGCUUGGCAAUUCUGGCACAGUCGGCAACAUUCGGUCAAACAGAGAAUCCUCGAUGUUGAUACCAAGAACAGUGUGGGUCUCGUGGGGAACAUAGAAGAAAUAGCGCACAACGCCAUCGUUGUGUACUGGAGUCCAUUGGAUACCGGAGCAAAGAUCAGCGUGGCCAUUCAGUGCUUGAGUACCGAUUUCAGCAGUCAAAAGGGAGUGAAGGGCCCGCCGCUGCAUAUUCAGGUGGACACCUACGCUGUGUUAAGUACAUCACAACACCUUCACCACCUCUACAAUCCUUCAUCCCAGCCACUUCCUCUGCAUACCCAGGGUCUGCCGCUUCACAUCCAGGUCGACACUUACGAGGAUCCUAGGGACGCCGCGACCCUAGUACACCGAGGAUAUUGUCAGAUCAAGGUCUUCUGUGACAAGGGCGCAGAGAGGAAAACCCGCGACGAGGAGCGACGAGCGGCCAAACGCCGUAUGGUCGCUACCACCCGCAAGAAAUACGAGGACCUCUACCACCAGCCUUGCGACCGCUCCGAGUUCUAUUCCAUGCAGGAUCUCACCAAGCCGCCCGUGCUCUUCACGCCCGCCGAGGAUUUGGAGAAGGUCCCUAUGGAGAUCCACAGUUUCUACAGCCACGACUCAGACAAUGGUACUGGCUGCAGCGUGGCCGUGGCGGGGGCUGCUGUAGGAGUGGAAUGCUCGCCCCCAUCCAAUCUCUCCCCCACGCAUGGAUUCCCCACCACCCCAGGACGGUGCAUGUCCCCACCACCACACAGCCUCGACCCAACACCACCAGCUCCAACCCUUGUUCCUCCACCUCCACCCACCUCCAACAUCCUCUCCUCCACCUCAACCAUCACCCAAUUAGCACCUCUACAGGUACCCCCGCCCACAGCCGUCUCGCCAAAAGCCAACAGCAGUAGCUACAAGUUCCACUACAGCUUCCCUCAGCCCUAUGGAGACGGCCGUAAGGAGCUGAGCGGAAGUUUGGCCAACGGCUCCUUAGACAGCCCCAUGGCUGACGUCUUCUCCCAUGUCUCCAAAAGGUCCCGGCUGACGCCUCCGCUUAGCGACAGGGUGAUGCUUUACGUCAGACAGGACGGUGAAGAUGUGUACACCCCCCUGCAUCUGGUUCCUCCUAGCACCGUAGGCUUGCUCUCAGCAAUUGAGGAAAAGUACAAAAUUCCAAUGCAAAGUAUCAAAAAUAUAUACAGGAAAAAUAAAGUUGGUGUGGUUGCCAAAGUGGACGACGACAUGCUCCGUCAUUACUGCAACGAGGAUUUGUUCCUGAUGGAGGUGCAGCACCGGGACGCCGAGAGCUUCGACUUGACGCUCAUCGAGUUGACCGGGGUCGAGCACUGAACGGUGGCGUCUCUGGGGAUCCUGCUGGGAUCAGCUGUUACCUGGAUAUUAUGAAUAUAUAUAAAUAUAUAUAUAUAUACGUUUGUAUAUGUAUCACUGGAGAAUGAAGGGAUAGGAGAACUAAUGUGUUUGAGAGAGAGGGAGAGAAAGGUUUUCUCCUCUCUCUCUGUCUCUCUCUCUCUCCCUCCCUCUCUCAUCUCUCUCUCUCUCUCUCUCUCUCUCUCUCUCUCUCUCUCUCUGGAUUCGUUCGUUUUGCAACUGCAGCGAAGUGACAGACACAUCUUUCAAAAGGCUUGGAGGAGGAGGAGAAGGAGGAGGAGGUGGGAGUGGAGAUCACUGUUAAGUGCUUAUUCUGUAGAGAGAGACACACACAGCUGUGAAGAGAGACUGGCUACCAAAGUACAGAGACACUUGAACCAUGAUGAUGGUGAUUUCUUUUAAUCUGAUUGUACAGAGGUACUGAAGACGAGAAAUGUCCAAAUCAGUAGAGAACAGAGAGAGUUCCUCUGUGAUGCUCAAUAACAUUAGCGUUCUCUUAUAUUGUGUAGCUGAUUGUAAGGCAGAGAACCAAAUUUCCUUUCCAUCCCUCCACCCUAAAAAUGAUAGAGAACAUAGUUGAAAAUAGAUCUCUGGUAACUGCAUCUUGCAAGUUACCCAGUCUUUUCUCCAGUCCAGAAACCUGUCAAGAAUGUAAUGAAUUAUUUGUAUCUGCUGUUUAGUCAGGUUUUAUUCUUUUUCUCUUUUCAUGAGCCCAUGUAGACAAAGACUCAAAACUUCCCUUUGCUGCCAUAUUUUGUUUUUUUAAAAGAAACUGGAAGCUGAACUGCAGAGCGAAGAAUCAUGCAGUUUGUGUUCCUACAUGUAGGAAAAUAGAAUUCAAAGUAAUGUACAUUACUGUUAAGUCUCCAUAGGAAAGCAUCAGUUUAGCAAAUGUAUUUUGUACGGUUUCUGUAACCUGUGGUUAAAUGUAUUUCUAUGAUAUUCUAAACCAAUGUGAAAAGGAAGUUUUGUAAUUCAAGAGUGGCUGUUUUAAGCUUUUCUCAUUUAAUAUAUUAGAAGUUACUUUGGACUUCAGACAUUAUUUUUUUCGAGUUAGGUACUUUCCAGUUGCCCAUUUUCUAGAGGUACGUCCAAAUAUUCCAGUUGCCAUAAGGUACCUUCGCCAUUACCACAAGGUACUGUUUUCUUUGAUGAUCAACAAUCGUAAUAAUCAUGUUAAUGAAGAUCCCAUCCACAAAGAAACCUUUUUUUUUUCGUGGUAACCUCAGCUAAAAUCAAACCUAUUUUAAAACCAUGAUGAAGACAAACUUGAAGUAAACAGGGUAUCGAAUGCCUUUAAUAAACUUAGAUGUUCUUGUUAGUGAUUAAAUUGUUGUGAAACCGAGUUUAUUAUGAUUAGUCAUUAUGGAUUGUAUUAUUAAAUCAGCUUCGUGAGUUUGACACUUGUAAAUGCCGUGCGAGCUGUUUGCACGGCCCUAUUUCAGUCCGUUAUAUUCAGCAUUUCAGAAUUCCGUAAUCCAUUCUAGAUCCACCAGUCUACUGCAAGCUUCCUUCUAAAGAAGAUUUACAAGCUCUUGUAAGACGGAUGCACAGUACAAGUUAUUGAGUACAGCAGAUGUCCUUGUAAUGAUUUCAGCAAAUGAUUUCAUCCAAAUCAAGCCAAUAGUGAAAUCACUGAAAAUUUAAAAAAAAAUUGUUUUCGUGUUUUCGUGAUCACAUCUACAACAGCAGAUCAGCCUUAGCCUGAUUUGUAUAUAAAAAAAGCCAAUAGCCCCUUAUUGUUCUUAUUUAUUCAAGAUUCCUCCAUGAUUGACCAUGCAGUGCCACAUAUCUUGCCAAUCUGUUUGAUAUAUUUUUUAUUUCAGUUGCUUUCAAAUGAACAUCUUUCAUGAUAGUGCCAUAAUUAGUAGAACAAUGAUGAUGAUGAUGAUGAUGUUGUCGACUUCACACACACACAUCAUUUUCAACACGAAUUAGUAGUUCUCAGUGAAUUUGAUUUUUUUUAUAUUUCUACUGUGUAUUAGAUUGUAUGUAGAAUGCCCUGUAUAUUGUAUUAUAUGAGCCAUUUUUGUGGCUGAAAAUGACGAAGGGGAACGUGAGCUCUUUCCUUUUCUAUUACCUGAUGAAUUUAUAUAUAAAUAUAUUAUUAUUAUUAUUUUAAUAUUAACUGGAUCGCCUGAAAGAACCCAAGGAUCGAACAACAAGCAGUUCGCCCCACGCAAUUGUGGCUGCUGUUGGUGAAUCAGUGCUUGAAAUCAAAAGGCCUUUCCGGGUCUUUGCUUGUUUUGGAAAAAAACUCGGUUUUUUUCUUUUUUCUUCUUUUUUGUUGAGGCAUCGCAUCUCAUAAGCCAAAUCUGUCCUUUCGCGUAGGAAAUUUCUAUAUACAUAGCGUAGGCGAACUAUUCUUGACAUUCGUUUUAUUUUAUUUAUAUUUUUUUUUUAUUUUUAUUUACUGGAUCAUGCGAAGGACUAAUUAAUUUCUCAUCAAUUCCAGAAUUUUGCAAUUGCUGAUCCUUAUAUAUUUUCACAACUGCUUUAUAUUCGCAGUUUUUUUGUGUAAGGUUGUUAUGAAUACUCAUUGAUCAUUUUUUUUUUUAAUUUCAUGUCGAAAUUCUCACAAAUCAAACCGCGUGAGGUCGCCUUCAUAUACUCGCGGAUUCUCAAUCGGGACACAAACGAAAGGUAUUCUCAUUUCCAUAGACAUGUAAGUUCUCCAUAGUGUCAUUUUUUAUUAAUCUGAAUUAAUAAAAAAUAUCUUUAGCUUAAAGCUAAUUUAUAUAUAUAUUGUGUUUUUAAAAAUACUGUGUGUGAGUGUGUUUGUGUUCUUAAUAAAAAGACUGUAGUGUUAGUAAACAGAGUAAGCCUAGGGUAAGUACAACAUUUGCUUUUGAUGUUACGUCAUUCCUUUUAUUCGAUUUUUCUGGCAUUCCACUUUACUAAUUUUUAAUUAAUUGUAAGACAGCCCUGAUUUGUCACACUUUUUCAUUGUUCUAAGUACUCCAAGGCAGUAUAUUAAUAAUGUAUGUCCCUUCCUUAUUUUAUUUUUAAAAAAAGAGAAGUGUCUGUUUGUAGGAACAAAUUCAUUUGUUUGGAAUACAAAAUAGGCUUAAUACUUUGUAAAUAGAAAUGUUGCUUUAAUUAUCUGGUUUUAGCAUAAUAUAUAUUAUAUAUAUAAAUAUAUAUAUAUAAAUCAUUAGCUCGUAAGUCUUUAUUUUUUCUUUGUGUGAAUGCAUAAAGCGAGUGAUAAAAUAAGAAACAAGAAAAAGAUGAAGAUAGUGAAGAAGGAGAAGAAGAGGAAGGAGAUAGUGUUGAAACAGCCAAGAAGAUUAUGCUGAGGAUGAUGAUGAUGAUGAUCACGAAGACGUGUUAUUAUGGCAGGAUGAGCUUUGUUACUAUAGUUUUGUAAGAAGAAAUAUUAUAAUGAUUAUAUUAGUGUACAUAUAUAUUUUUUGCUUGAUGGGUGUGAUUUUUUUUCCACUCUGAUUUUUAUCAACUUGCUUCAACGCUUUAGUAGUAAAAUUAGGCGAAAAAAGCAACAAAACAAAACUUCUAGUGCCUUAGUAGGUUCAGCCUGAUUCAAGAUCAUUUUUUAUUUUAUUUCUGCUGCGUCAACUCAGCAGACCCCAUUUUUUUCCUUUUACUUUAUGUAUCAGCUUUUUAUCGAGCCUUUUAUUUUUCCUCUUGU